AUGAGUAAGAAAGAAAUUAACUACGUAGAGGAUUCAUCCCUUUCACUUCCAUAUAUUGAAAAUCAUGCUUUAUCAUUGGGCGCUCUUUGGGAUUGUAAUCUUUCCAAAACAGUCGGUUACAAUCUAUUUGAGAAACAGCUCACAAACGAUAAUUUAAUAAUUCAUCCGUUAAAAAAACUAGAUUACCGUUUAAUCCAUGUUAAGAGUACAGAAGACCAACUAGCAACAUUAAAAAUAGAUGGUGCUAUUUCAAUUGAAAUAUUAUCUGGUAUUCUAAAAUUAGAAGGAAAUUUUGAUAAAUCGUUUUCCGGAAAUUCGAAUGAAGAACAACUUAUCUGCGAAUAUAAUCUUGAUAAUUAUUUGGUCGAAUUGCUUCCUAAAGCAAAAGAUGUAAUAGACGAUACUGUUAGAGGUCAACUCCUUGAAAAAAAAAUUAAGGCAACACAUGUUGUGCAUGGAAUAAUCUUAGGUGCAAAAGUGUGCGCAGAUAUAAGAAUAAAACAAAAUGAUACAAGCAAAAAUAUGGAUGCAAAUGGCUAUCUAAUUGGAGAUAUUUCUUUUGGUUACGUAAACGCAUCUUUGAAGACUAGCUUGAAAAUGCUAGACUCAAAAAAGACCAGUAAUUAUGAUAUGCAGAUAACUGUCAACUCUAAACCACCGAUAAAAAAUCAACCAACAACCAUAAAUCAGAUGUUCAAUAUGAUCGAAAAUAUAGAUGUAUGCGUUCAAAAAGAGUCAUAUUAUAAAUUUAUUGGUCCUGAUAUUACAGGUGUACCUAUUCGGUUUAAUCUUGUGCCUAUUUCUCAAUUUCUCGACAUUAAAGUCGAAAAACUUUAUAAGCAGCUGCAAGACAGCAUUUUAGAAAACUUUCGUACAAUGCUCAUUGCACUUAAAGAUUAUCAGUCCCAUGAAUAUAUCAAGAGAUGUGUAUUAAGAGCAGAACAUCGUCUGCAAAAGAUUUUAUCUGAUUCUCAAUCCAAACUGUCAAAAGAUAUUACAGAAUAUCAAAAUGAUUUGAAAAAAACUACAAGUUAUUAUUUUGAACGAGCAUACGAAACUUUAAAAAAAUACAAGAUUGGGAAUUGUAGCUCUGAAGAACUCUUUCAAAUCAUGCGUGACUACGAUGAAAGUGAUUUCUGCAUUGUAAGUGUAUGCGCACAAAUUGAAAAAUUUGUGUCCGUUGGAAGAAAUGAACUCAAUGUUGUUCGUGAAAAGGACGCAGCUCUUAUGAAUGUUAAUAUUAUUUAUUUUACAAAUUACGAUAAACUGAAUGAAUGGUUGAAUUCAGGAAUAAAUAUCAAGAUACUUUUACGGACUGGUACUGAUUCUUCGAAAAAAAAUUCCGCAUUCCAGAGUCUUUUCAAAAUAGUCAACGCUUUGCAAAAGCAAAAAAUUGAAGUUGGAAUAGCUUUACCAAGCAUUUCGAAUGACUUUUCCUUAGAAAUUAAAGAUCAUAAUAUAUCAAAAAUUUACAGUGUGACAGAAAUCCCACAAGUUCUCAGAAUUUUAAGUGCUGCUGUAGACAUGGGAAGCCCUAUUGAAAGUCGCUUUUAUAUGCUGAAUGCGUCACAUUUAAAAAUUAAAUUACCGUUAGAACUUAAAUAUUUUUCUGAAUUAAAUAAUAUAAUAUCUUUACUGCAAAUAGAUUAUAAG